AUGAAGAAACACCCAAAAGAAACUGAUGUCGCCUUUGGAAUUCUCGAAGCUGCUAGAAAGCUACUAAAUAAAUCGAAUUUGACUCCCAUUGAUCAAGAUCGCGAUUUGGCCGGAGUCAAGUACGAGGAGACAACUCCCGUGGGUAAUCUUAAACGGUGUUUCGAUUCAUCGAGGGCCUCGAGGAGUUUCCAAGAUAUUGAGAAUCUAAAUAGCGCUGGGCCGCGUCAGAGGGCAAAGCGCGCCAAAGGCGCGUCAUCGGUGUUGUUUCAGCAGCUCAAGAGAGAUUUUACUCAGAGCGGAGAAGCGCUCGGUCAACUGUUUGGAAAUAGCUUUCUUUAUGACGAGGACCAGCGGCCUUUCAUAAAGGAAGCUAUUUCUACAACAUUGAACGUUGUAUGUGAGAAGAAAGGGCCGCGGAAAGGAUUUGCCGAAAUCCUUGAUGAGGAUGUGCUGGAAAAAUACAUUUCCACCAUGAAAGUGCCUGACUGGGUCCAGUUGCUGGUCAAACUAUCGACGAAACUCCCAGAUCGUUGCUGGCAGACUGUGCUCAGCUACCUAUGUAUUGGUAAAAGUGGGAAAUCAACUGAUGUAGGCAUUCUCCUUACAAACAACGAAAUCCGAGCCCAAAAACAGCUUGUGUUUUCUGUAACACGCCAGUUGUUUAAAGUUGAGUUAAUGCCAGAUGUGCGUGGCUAUGGAGCUUCACUUGAGAUGAUUCUGGUAUGGGCCAUCAGAGAAUGCCGUCUCCAUGCCAACAUCCCGACAAACAUAGAAUUUAAUUUGAAGUUGGAUGGCAGGCCUCUAGCAGGAAGGGACCAUGUAUCACUAGGAAUAGUCCCAAUGAUCCCUAAUAAAGCUGAACACCAGAGUGCCCUCUCUGUUUAUCCACUUGCAAUUGCAAACUGUGCUGCGCCAGUUGAAUAAGACCACAAACUAGGACACAACUUGGAAACGCUUUAAUCAACAGAGAACCAAAGCCAGUAUCGUAACACAGCAAAAACAAAAUGGCGGAGAGAAGGCAGGGUUUGGUGAACGUAACAUAACUAAGUACCGCUGACCGGUACUGGCGUGACUUCCUUUCUUUCUCUCUUAUACUAUCUACUGUAGAGAAAUCACACAACUAAUGUCUUUCACGGCGUACAAUGUAAAUACGAUGGACUGAUUAAAGGAUAGGACUAUAA